UCAGAUAAUGGCUUCAAAUGGAGAUUUAGAUAGCUGGAACCCUAUGAAGGAUGACCAUCUAGAUGAAGAAUUUAACAAGUAUGACAGAGGACACGGUAAAAACAUGCCAAAGAGGGGCCCAGACCGCUAUGGUGGUGUGUCCUUGUAUGUCACCGGAAUUCCAGAUGAAAUGACAGAAGAAGGAUUGGUGAAUUUAUUUAGUAAGGCUGGCACUUGUGUGGAAGCAAAGAAAAUGAAGUCCAAAAUGGAAGGGACUGGGAAUACGUAUGGAUUUGUCAAGAUGGCGACAGUCAAUGAGUGUGAGAAAGCCAUUCGUAAAUAUCACGAAUUUCCCAUCGGAGACAACAAAUUGAGAGUAAAGUUCUCUAAAACAUACGAAGAUAGAAGUCGACAACAGAAGCAGAAACAGGAGGAAGAGGAGUUUCUGAAUUCGUUGAGCAGUAACAGGAAGUCACAGCCCCGCAGUAAAGCCAGCUCAGGCUCCGAGUCAGACGGCAGCGCUCACUUCAUGAGCAGGGUGAAAGACGUAGUAAGGUGUGACAUUUGCUCGGACCCUUGCCGGGAAAAGUUCCCAGCGGAAGUGCAUUGUAACACGUGUCACACAAACUUGUGCAGUCCUUGUGUCGCCACACAUAUGACAUCCGACAAAUCCAAGAAACAUGAUAUUGUUCUUUUUCACUCUGUGGACAAGGAAAUCAUCUUGCCAACUUGUUCCGUCCACUCCAAUCACAAGUGCGACUUGAUCUGUUUGGAAUGCCACGGUCCCAUUUGUCUAAAAUGCCUUUCCACCGACCACAACAGCCAUAAAGUGCAAGAAAUGACCGAGUUGUGCAGAUCUCUUUGCAAAGAAAUUGAGACGGAAACGGAGGAACUGGAAUCACACAUCAUUCCCGAAUUUGAAGAUAUUGUAAAAGAUGAGGAAGACAAAUUGAAGAAACUGCUGCAAGACUACGUCAAGCUGGAGACUUCCAUGGAGGAGCACGGAGAGCAGGUUCACAAGGCAGUAGACGCUGUAAUCAAAAAGUACAAAGCCAGAGUCCAACAGAUGAAGCAAGAUGAUGCUAAAGCCAUUGGUCAACAGAAAGACGAUAUCAAUGAUUUGCUGUCUCUGGCAAAACAGACUGCGAAAAGAAACAAACUGAUAGCGAGGUCAAAGAAUUCCACAAAUAUAAUGAAUUACAAAUCUGAAAAUGCAAAACUACGACAAAUCCCUGCUUUGAAGAAUAUAAUCCCCUCAACCUUUGAAGCAAAGGAUAUCUCUUACGAUCUGUUAGAGAAGUUCUUCGGAACAAUUCCAAAAUCUCGGUUUUUGUACAAGCCGGGAUACACCCUCAAAAGCAAUGAUGGUCAAACCUCUGCUGUCAGUGCAUCGGAUUCUACAGACAAGGUGACACAUUCUUUCGCCCUACCAUAUAAACUACUCUAUAGGGUUGCAUGCUCAUCAAGGACAAAGAAAUUAUGGACCUGUGGCAAUGAGAACACGGUGAAAUGUGUGGACAUGCGUGACGGUUCAAUAUUAGAGACCUUGGUGUUUAGCCUUAAUGCAGUUUCUUUCUGUUUGACUGAAAUGGAUAUUUUAUUUGUUUGUGAUGGGGUUAGCAUUUUGAGAAGAGAAGGAACUAGUGACACACGGACGUAUUUUAGCGUUCCAGCAGGUUGGAUCGCAGAGGCAAUUACAAGCACAACUUGUCCCGUCUCUGGUCUCCUCGCGGUUCUGAGGAGCGAGGACAGCAGACAGUCCAAAACUGUCCGAAUUAUUGAUGCCCAAAUCCGGGAUGAAUUUCAGUAUGAUGACAAGGAGAAACCACUUUAUCACUCAGGCUGCUAUGAUUACUUUCUCGCAGAAAACAGAAAUGGCGAUGUUUGUGUUUCAGAUACAACAGCACUUGUUGUGACAGAUAAAAUGGGCAGGUUCCGCUUCAAAUAUCAUGGAAAUGUGUUUGCAACGUUUGGUAAACCUUUCAAACCAAGAGGAGUUGCAACUGACAAAGAUGGUAACAUUUUACUGUCAGACCUAGACAAUAGCUGCAUUCAUCUAGUCGAAGAAAAUGGUAAAUUUAUCCGAUACAUCACUUGUGGGAGAUCUUUGGACAAGGUUUGCGAUUUGUGCAUUGAUGGCAGCGGCUGUAUCUGGAUUGCAGAGAGAAAUUCUGCAAGAGUAAAGUGUAUCCGAUACCAUUAAUUAAAUAAUAAAAAGUUUUGUAACCCUUUAUUCACCCCUGCAAGAAAAACUUUGAGUUCUGGUCCAAACUGUAAAACAAGUGAUUCUAACCAUGUGACAAAAUUAAAUGUCGUGCCAUGCCGCCCCAAACGACGCUCACGUCGCUCUAUGGUUCCAAAGAUGGCCAGGAGGAAAAAGCGCCCAGGCCCUUCGUUCGCUAAAAAUACUCGAGUUUUGGGGUUCAGAUCUUUUCUGUUGUCUUGUGUAAUUCCAAGUAAAUGUUCAUCACUCACCUAAUUUCGAUCAGAAACUCUUUCAUCCAAAUUUGGAAAUAAUAAAUCAGGAAAUAAUAAUAUUGUUGUCGCGAAUGCUGGUUGCCAGUGGAAUAAAGUGAUCCUCCCAGAUAAUAAGAAUAAGACUGCUGUCGGAUUUUCUACCCAGAUAGACAACUGCGUAUUGAUACCCUCACCGUGUGACAAUAAGGCGUCUGCUGGAUUUUCUACCAUAAUGACGGCAGAUAGACAUCUGCACAUAUAUAUAUAUAUAUAUUAGUACUGUCCUUCCUGUUGUACUUUAUUUAUCAAAUAAAAAUAUACAUU